AUCAAUGUUACUCACUUAAUAAUUGAUCGACUUUUAACAGUUCAUUCCGGACAUUGUCAUUUAUUUUCUGUUGAACAUCACGGACAUGGUUUUGGAUGUCUGUUUGCAGCUGGUGGUUUAUGUUUGAGAAUAUGUCGUUCAGAAAAUUUGCGCGCAGUAGCCUAUCGGAUCCGACCCUUGCUACCAAAGCAUUGGACCGGGUUCGAGUCCGACUGUAUUAUUCUGCUCAGCCCAAGAAAUAUAAACGAGUUCCAAUCUCAAAAGUUUACCCCCUACCGUAGUCGCUCA